AUGGCUCAGAGCGUUGCGGUCGUGGUGCGGUUGAAGCUGGCCGCAUAUAGAAUGGCUCAGAGCGUUGCGGUCGUGGUGCGGUUGAAGCUGGCCGCAUUUAGAAUGGCUCAGAGCGUUGCGGUCACGCUGCGUUUGAAGCUGGUCGCAUUUGAAAUGGCUCAGAGCGUUGCGGUCGCGCUGCGGUUUCAGCUGUUCGCAUUUAGAAUGGUUCAGAGCGUUGCGGUCGCGCUGCGGUUGAAGUUAUGGGUUUCUAACUGAUGAUUGACUUCUUGCAGACAUUUCUGUAGUUUCGGAACUUGUACAUUCUCUUUAUGCCUUUUUUUUAUUUUAAGAAAUCCUUCAUUUUUACCCAACCUGUUACGCCUAGAGCCAUAAUUCGUUACACCUAGAGCCAUUCCCCGUGCGGUCAAUUUGAUCCACAACUUUUCCAUUGAACUUGGACAUUUUAUCAGACCUUUUUGCGCUCUUCAAAACCAACUCGCUACCAACCGUAACGCCUAGAGCCAUUCUCCAUGCGGUCAAUUUGAUCCACAACUUUUUAUGGAACUUGUAAAUUUUAUCAGACCUUUUGGGUUCUUUAAAAACAAUUCGCAACGCAACCGUAACGCCUAGAGCCAUUCCCCGUGCGGUCAAUCAGAUUCUUAAAUUUUUCAUUGAUUAAUUGAUAAAACUAUCACUCUAUCUCUCAUUUCAGGCUCCGAUGUACUCGCGGCUGAAAUCGACACUCCUCGGCCAUUUCAAGGGUGGCGAGAAGUCGGUUCGCGACGGGUUGGCAGGCUGCCACCUUGGCUCCGCCCACCCGCCAGAGCCGGCAGAAAGGGGCGGAGCCGGCGCGCUGAUCCACGAAGACGACGACUUCGACGAGUUCAUUCACCUAGCCACCAUGCCUCACUUUGCCUAUUCCUGGAAUGUUAAGGUAUACUUUUUUUCAUUGUUUUUUAUGAUGGUUUCUAGUCUCAUGAUUAUUCUGGUGAUUUUUGAACUUUUGGGGGAAAUUGGAGGUUUUUUGGUGUCGAUUUUGGCUUCAUAUUGUUGAGUUAAGGUGUUGAAAUGAUUUUUUGAUUUUUCAAAACGGUCAAGCUUGUGAUAAGGUACAGUUUAGUGAUAACUUUGUCUUAUAAUUUUUGAAUUUUCAUGAUUUAAUGAUUCUUGUGGUGAAUAUUAGGCUUAUUCUUGAAAUUUUAAAGUUUAACUUUUUUCAUCUCCAUGCUAGUUUCUGAUGUCACGAUGGUUCUGGUGAUUUUUGAGCUUCUGAGGGAUUUUUGAACUCCGAGAAUUUUUUUUUGCUAAAAGAGGGCUUUUUCACGAUCUAAAAGCGAUUUUGAAAAGCUGAGUACAUAAUAAGGUCCAAGGUGAAGGUAAUUCUGACUUCAGAGUAAAUUUUUGACAUUUUUAGUUUUUAAGAAGAUUUUUUUGGAGUUUUUUUGGCGUUUUCUUAGCUUCUCGUGACAAUUUUGAAUUUUUUAGUGUUUUUUUUCUGACUUCGAAUCGUGUUUUGAACACACUUUGGUCACUUUUGAGUUUUUCGAAUAUUUUAAGGCCAAAUACUGGUUUUUUUAUUGUCGUUGUUGACGUCAUUCGAUUUUUUUUUUGCUUUUUUUUCAGCUUCCGUAGGAUCUAUUUGAAGUAUUUAAGUCUCUAAUUACCUAUAAAUUGUGAGUUAAGGUUGAAAAAUCAUUCUUAAGUUUUUGAAUGGAAUGAGAUGUUCGGAAAGCUUUUUUCGGUCUUGAAACAAGUCAACUUGAAGUUUUUUUAAGAGAAAAUUUUAAAUUUGAGCUGCUUUUUUUCAGAUUUUCCUUUUGAUUCGUGUUUUCACGGUUUCAAAAUUUCAGAGCCUCAAUAUUUUUCUCACUGGAAUGAUUCAUUUCCGUACUGCCUUAGAAAUUUUGAAUAAAAAGAUUUUUUUAUUUUUUUCAAACUCUUCUCCUAAUUUCCCCUCAUUUUUUUGUCACAUUUUUUUCUCUUUUUAUCCCUGGUCAUUACGGGAGUCAUGUGGUCUUAUUGAAAAACAAAUUAAUCUUACUGAAAUUAUUCGAAUUGCGGCAUUUUUUUUCAUUUUCGGAACGUAUAAUAAGUUUUAGAACAUUUAUUCUACAAUUUUUUUUUGUGUUUUUGAUCAUUUGGAUCUUAACGUAAGAGCUAACUUUAAGGUUUUUCCUCAACAAACUCCCCAUAAAUCAAAGAUUCGAAACAGUAGAGUCAUUUGAAACCAGCGCGCCGCACCCUCGGCCGUGAUUGAUGACGACAUCUCAGUCCCUUUGAUCAGCUGCAAGCCCCUACAGUAACCACUUGAACUCGUCAAAAGGAGGCCAGGUGCCAAGUUCCUUGUUUGGUCAAGGGGCUGUGAGGCGAAUAUUAACCGAUUUCGAAUUCCAGAGCUUUCAAUUAAGAGAAAAAAAGGCCGAAAAAAUUGGAUUUAAGUUGCGCUCCACGGAGAAAAAUUGAUAUUUUCAUACCAAAAUGAUUUUUUUUAACAGAAAGUUCAAUCAUUAGACUCUUAGAACCAUGCUCUUUUUGAAAAAGAGCUUUUGACGGAAAAUUGUCCGUGGAGCGCAAAUGCUCAGAAAAAUAAUAUUCUUUCUAUAACUGCAUUUUAAGAGCUUUUUCUACAAGUUUAUGAAUUAUUGAUUUUUUUAAAUUAGUUAACAGGUCUCAUUAUAGUCAUUAAGUGCGCAUUUCAGAGCAGGAAAUAUUUUUUUUAUUUGCCCAAAAAGUAACUUCAUCAGCCUCCCACUGGGCCACCAAAUCAGUUGUCCAAACAACUGCACUUGAAAAAGUCAAGUGAGCCGUUUAGAAGAACCAGAGAGAAACACCCUCGAAGGAGGUUAUCUUAAUUAUAGGGUUCCCCACACGGAUGUGUUUGCCAACCCCACGUUUUUGACCUCCUCACUCGUUAAAAUGUGCACCUCUCCUUACUUGAGUACGGCUAAUUGUCAGAUUGAGUACCAAAAUAGGCUAUGGGAAGCUUCGAAACUGUAGAAAAAAAAAGAAAAUCAAACAGAUAUUUUCACUUUUUUGACCUCGCCACUCGUAAAAAGGCGCACCCUCCUAACUUGGGUACGACUAAUUGUUGGAUUGAGUACUGGAAUAGGCUCUGGGGAGCUUGGAAACUGAAGAAAAUGCAGAUAAUUGAAUUGUUUGAAAAAAGUUUCAUCGCCAUUUUCUUUUUUCGACUUCGCCACUCGUAAAAAGGCGCACCCUCCCUUAGUUGGGUAGGCCUGAUUUUUAGAUUGAGUACCGAAAUGAGCUCUGGAAAGCAUCGAAACUAUAGGAAAAUACAGAAAAUCGAGUUUUUCUAGUGAGAUUCAUCGUCAUUUUUUCAUUUUUUGGCCUAGCCACUCGUAAAAAGGCGCACCCUCCCUUAGUUGGGUAGGCCUGAUUCUUAGUUUGAGUACCGAAAUGGGCUCCGGGAAGCUUGGAAACUGAAGAAAAUGCAGAUAAUUGAAUUGUUUGAAGAAAGUUUUAUCACCAUUUUCUAUUUUUGAAUUUGCCACUCGUAAAAAGGCGCACCCUCCCAUACUUGGGUACGCCUAAUUGUUAGAUUGAGUACUGGAAUAGGCUCUAGGAAGCUUUAAAACUGAAGAAAAUGUAGAUAAUUGGCUCGUAUAUACUAAGUUUCAUCAUCAUUUUUUAAUUUUUUGGCCUAGCCACUCGUAAAAAGGCGCACCCUCCCUUUGUUGGGUAGGCCUGAUUUUUAGAUUGAGGACCGAAAUGGGCUCCGGGAAGCUUGGAAAGUGAAGAAAAUGCAGAGAAUCAAAAUUUUCUAGGAAGAUUCAACGUCAUUUUAUAAUUUGUUGACCUUGCCACUCGUAAAAAGGCGCACCCUCCCUUAGUUGGGUGCGCCUAAUUGUUGGAUUGAGUACCGAAAUGAGCUCUAUAAUACUUUGAAACUAAACAAAAUGCAGAGAAUCAGGUUUUUAUACUGAGAUUCAUCGUCAUUUUUUCAUUUUUUUGGCCUAGCCACUCCUAAAAAGGCGCACCCUCCCUUAGUUGGGUAGGCCUGAUUGUUAGUUUGAGUACCGAAAUGGGCUCCGGGAAGCUUGGAAAGUGAAGAAAAUGUAGAGAAUCAGAUUUUUCUAGUGAGAUUCAUCGUCAAUUUUUAAUUUUUAACCUCGUUCCUCGUAAAAAGGCGCACCCUCCCAGACUUGAGUACGGCUAAAAUUAAGUGUUCAUAUAGCUAAAUGGGCCUGAAAAACAAGUUUAAUGAUAGAUUAUUCGAAUUUUCCAGAUCAACUUGAUAAAAUUCUCAAAGUUAUACCCAAAGAAAGCUCAUAAAAGGACUCUAAAGUCAAGUUUCUCCCCAUUAAAGGCGAGCUCCGGCAAUAAAAUGCCGCCUUCCGGAAAAUUUGCCAUGGUUUUAUUGUCUUCUUUUCAAACUCCAACAGUUGGAAAGGCUGAGAAAAUGAUCAAAUUUGAAACAAGUAGACUUUUUUCAUGCAGAAGAGGUACAAACAAUUGGAAAAGGAGAAAUUUUUGAAACUAGAAAUGAUUGUUUCAAGUUGAAAAUUUUUAUAAAAAAUAUUUUCUCGAAAUCUCAAAGUUUCAACAUUUUUUCAAUUCAAAAAGGCAUCUACAAAGUGAAAAAUAUGAUGAAGUGUAGAACCAAAACCACAACUGAAACGUAUAUCUUUUGCGGGUAACUUUUAUGAAAAUGAGUUUAUUUUUUGAGUUCCUUUUUUUCAAGAGAGUGAGGUUUUUAAAUGAAAAGUUUUUGCAGCUCUCAGGAAUGAUUCGUAAAGGGGUUAGGGAACAAAAGUGGUUCUUAUAGGGAUAACAUUUAGGUGGUCACUCUAGGGAUUUUGGGUCUGAUGCCUUCCAAGUCUAAGUGGUCCCUAUAGGGGUCUUUUUUUCAAAUUGCUUUUUUUUCUCAUAGAGCUCAAAACAAUAAUAAUCUAGUAUGCUCCCCUAGAGUGGCUGCUAAUUAGAACCCCUUCACGGACCACUGGCAUUCGCCCCUUUAGUGGCCACUUUUUCAAGCUUUAGUGGCCCCUAUAAGGUAGAUAAAGUGACCCCUUAAGGGGGACUUUUGAAAUUGACAAGGAGUCAGUUCAAAAUUUGAAAAGCUUUUUUUUUCACAGUUCUUUUUGGUAAAUUUAAAGCUUUAAUUUGAAAUCAGCUUAACAAAAAUUGAAUUUAGCAGGUCCAUUCUAUUUUAGAAGUCUUUUCCAAGGUUUCAAAUUUUUUCUUUCAAGAAAAAGUUACACAAAUUGGGUUUCAAUAAGCAACUAUUAUGUAAUAUUCAUCCAAAAAUGAUCAAUUUUUGCAGUAUAUUGGAUCAGUUCCUGUUUCGAGCACCACAUCGGACCACGUGGCCCAAAGAUUGGAGAAGUUCUCGCCUGGACAGCCGCAGAGCGUCGAAAUGUCCGUCUCCUUGUUGGGAGUGAGGAUUUCCUGCGAAGAGGUGCGUUUUUUUUUGGUGUCGGAUUGAGAAAAAUGAUUAGGGUACUGUUAAGGUGCAGUUAAGGAUCAAGGAAAAUGAUUAGGUGCAGUUAAGGAUACAAAAAAGGCUUUAAAAAAGGUUCACCCUUGAUAAAAUGAUAAGUCAGUUGAAUCAGUGAUUUUCUAAAGUGUUGGAUAUGAGUUGAGGACUGAAAAAACGGAGAGAAACUGUCGAUUUUGGACGUGUUUCGCCUUUUUUCUAGCUUUUCCUAAGACUUUUGGACCCCGUAGUAGGUUUAUGACGUCAUCAAGGCUAAUUUUGGUCUAUAAACAACCUUAUUUUUUAAAUUUAAGCUUCAAUAAUAUCUAAGAAAGCUUGGAAAAGUUGAAAAUUACACUUAAUUAAUUUUAAAAAAAGAAAAAAAAACCCUUCCGAAUGCCUUUUUGAUAGAUCUGGAAGGGUUAUGACGUCAUCAAGGCUAAUUUUUGGUCUAAAAAAACCUUAUUUUUUUAAAAAUAUAAGCCUUCAUAAUAUCUCAGAAAGCUUGAAAAAAAGUGAAAAAUAUCACUUGAUUCGAUUGAAAAAAAUCCCUUCCGAAUGAUUUUUUUUGAUAGACCUGAAAGGGUUAUGACGUCAUUUUUAAGGGUUGUGACGUUAUCAAAAAGAGAUUUUCCGGGUUUUUUGAAAAAAAAAACAAGGCUCUUUAUCUGAAAUGGUUGUGACGUCACUUUUUGAAAAAAAAACUUUUAUUAGAAUUUUCGGAGGUUCAAAACGACAUGACUGUCUUCCUGUUUUAAGAAAAUAUCAUCAUUUUGAAAAAAAAAAGAUAAAAAUGACGUCAUAUUCCAUUUCAAAUUUGAAAAAUUUUCUCAAGUGGAAAAGGUAGUGUAUGACGAUUUUUUAUUGCUCACAUUACCGAAGAAGAAGAAGUAAUUACCUGGCUGCCACGGUAAUUACUCUCGGCUAACAUAUGUAUGCAACAAGAGGGGGGUGCGCGCUCUUUUGCGCGCGCCGCCAUCCGCUAUUGUUGCGCCAGUCGCCUCCCUCCUCCCCUCCUUCAAGUGAUUAACCGCCUCUCCGCAUUCUGAUCCAAUAUUGUGCAUGAUUCAUCGUUGGGCAACAUGUCAAUCCGAUCAUCGGCGGAAACGCUCGCAUUUUAUGGAAAAACUGUGUGGAUUUUGGUUUUUUCGUCGAAAAAUAACAUUCUUGGACUACGUAAAAUAACCUAUAUGACGUCAUAUGACCAGUUUGUCGAAAUAUUUCUAUUCAGGAGAAUUUUUGCCCUUUUUAUCAACACAAAAAGGAUUUUAUUCAAUAUUCAGUCCAAUGACUAGCGCAAAUCUGUUCUCAUUUUACAGAAAAUUCCUUAAUUUUUGAAAAACGUUUUUUUUUGUAAAGAAGGGUUGUGGAAGCUUUUUUUGAGAUUUAUGACGUCAUUAGUCCAUUUCAAGUUUUUCGAAAAAUUAUGACAUCAUUUGAGCUUACAGUAACCUCCAAUGACGUCAUAAGCCGCUUUCGAGACGAUUUCUGAACGUUCAUGGACUGAAAAAUUGGGAAUUUUUUUAAAGAUUUUCAAGAAUUAAAAAAAUUACAAAGUUCAUUUGACUAUAGAAUGACGUCAUUUGAGCUUACAGUAAUCCUUUAUGACGUCAUAAGCCGCUUUCGAGACGAGAUUAUGAGCUGAGUAAAUGGGAAUUUUUGGUGUUUCUGAAGGCUUCAAAAGGUACAAGGCUCUUUUGAAAGGAAAAUGACGUCAUUUCCAGCCGUGAGUGACACGAAAUGACGUCAUAAGUUGUUUUUGAACCAGCCAGCUUCUGUGAUUUUGAUGAUAGUGAACCUUGAUUGAUAAUAUUUCAUGAUCGAACAUUUUCAAACUUUCUUUUCCUUCUCCUUCCGUUAGAAUCAAAGCAAUGCGUGACGUCAUAAUUGAAACAAAAAAGGAUUGUGGCGGCGGCGGCGGCGCAAUAAACGACCCCCGUUUUUUACUACUCGAUGAGCUCAUUUCGGAAAGCACAUUGCAAAGAAAGGAGCCGAUAAGAAGCGAAGGGCUCGUAAAAGAUGAGAAAGAUCCUUACCGAUGAGCAAUCCGACCAAUUACUUUUAUUCGUUUCCGUCUCGACUUUUUUUGAAAAGUUUGAAUGUUUUGCAAUGGUUUCGGGGCUGGAAAAAAACUUUCAAUGACCACUUUAGUGUUUUGAUCUUCUAGAGGCCACUAUAGGGGUCGAGUUUAAUUUUCGAGGCCGAUUUUUAGCCGGGUUUUCGACUGGAGUUUACUCGGAAAAUAUUCAGUGGUCUCUUUAGGGUGCUGAUGUUUUAGUGGCCACUAUAGGGGUCGAGUUUGAUUUUUGGGGCUGAUUUUUGGCUGGGUUUUCGACUGGAAGGUGAAAAUUCUGGAGUUUACUCGGAAAAUAUUCAGUGGUCACUUCAGGGUUUUGAUCUUCUAGAGGCCACUAUAGGGAUCAAUUUUGAUUUUCAGGACUGAUUUCUAGCCGGGUUUUCGACUGGAGUUUACUCGGAAAAUUUUCAGUGGACGCUUCAGGGUUGUGGCGUUUUAGUGGUCACUAUAGUAGUCGAAUUAGUGACCCCUCAAGUGGCUUUGAUUUAGUGGCCUCUUUAGAAGUUUUACUACUAGACCACUAACAGUUUUAGAGGCGAUUUUAGUGGCCACUUUAGUGGCCUUUCCAAGUGGUCAUUUGGUAACCUCUUAAGCGGUCAUUUAAGGGUUUUCUCAGUGCCAUUUAUGGCGGUAUUUUUAGCUUGAUUUCUUAUAAAAUCCCAAAUGAGGCUCAAAAAGGGAGAUAGUCUUGAAAAUUAAAGUUUAGAGGAUUUUUGAUCAGUUUUUCAGCUGGAAUGUGUAUUUAAAAUUCAAAAACAUGAAAAAAAUUGAGCAGAAUUACUUUUUCGUGUUCCGGUUUGAUUUUUAACCGGUCGUUAGAGUACAUAGAAACCUUGAAAAUCAGGUUUUUGAAGUUAUAAUUGACUGGUUUGCAUCUUGAUUAUGAACUGAAAUCCUGAAUUUAACCAGAAACUGUUUAAAAAACAAAAUUUUAAACUUGGAAGACGUUUCAGACCCAAAAUCAGCAUUUUCGCGGAAAUCUGAGCAUCUUGAGGAAUGGCUAUUUUUUUUUUAAUAUUCGAAAUUCUUCUUCACAGACCACCAAUGGUAACUCUAUCCAAAACGUGUAAAAAAGGGGGUCAACCGUAAGAGGAUACGUCCAGAAAGCGGCAUAGAGAUUAACAAAAGAGCGCGAUUGUUACAAUGUCCGAAAGACGACUGUAAAGUGCGAACGGAUCAGUUUUUGGUCGGGAAAACAGGGUUUUCUGGCCAGAAUUGUUCAUAAAUUGACCCAGAAGUAGAUUUUUUGGCUUUUAAUAUCCCUCUCCUAAUUCAUGGUUCAAAAUUUCCUCAAAAAUCCAUUCCAUAAGAUGCUCAGGUGUCAGGUUACUGUAGGAGAACAAGUGCCACUCGUGAAAUAGUUGUACUCGUACUUGUACCUUUCAGAAAGUGCGCACACAAGAGGUCAAACAAGUGGUUUGACCUUCUUUUGGAACCGACUGUGAUUCCACGGAGUAUCAAGCAGAAUUGGCUGCGCAUCGACUGAAAACUCUUGAGAGAGUUUUGACGGAUUUUCAGUAUUUGGAGAAGUCAUUUGACUCAGUAUCUUUCCAUAUUUGCUGAACAGCAGCUUUGAUUUGUUUUUAAUGAGUCCACUGAGUAUCAAGAAAAAUUGGCUGCGCAUCAACUGGAAUUUUGAGAUAAAUAAGGGGCAACCGAAAAAAAAUUUGAAAAUGGCUUCUCGCCGCUUUUUUUUCCUAUUUACUGGACAAUAUCUUUUUUUAUAGGCACACUGCGUAUCAAGCGAAAUUCGCUGCGCAUCAACUGGAAUUUUGAAAAGUUUGAAUAGGGAUUUUCCCAACAGCCUUCCAGAACAUUGUAAAAAAAAUUUUCCUUCGAGAAUAUUUUCAAUUUCACUGAGCAGCAGCUCUCUUAUGUGUAGCGUUACUGAGUAUCAAGUCAAUUUCGCUGAGCAUCAACUGCUAGUUUGCACUAGUAUCGAAGAAAAGACAUUUUCCUCUGGAACAUUUUCCAACUUCGCUGAGCAUCAACUCAUGCCCUUUCCCAUUACGUAUCCCCUAUGAGAUUUCCAAAGCCUAUGAAUAAUGAUGACCUUGACGCUGAAGGAGGAUAUUAAUGACACUUUUGCUCGGGUGAAACGGGAAUGUCAUGUUGCGUGACGAGAUUUGUUGCGCGCCAACGAUAUUUUGCAUAAAUUGAGUGGACACUUUAAUGAAGUGCAGCUAGGUAAUGAGGUUCUGGGGUUGAAAAUUGGGAAAAUCUAGGGUUUUCAUUGGAAAUCAUCGAAAAUAGUCUUCAAAAGACCAUCGAAAACCACAAAAAUUUUUUUUCCCAUGGGAAAACGAUGAGUCAGCCGUUUCUCAGAUGUUAUUCUUGUAUAUGUAGCGUUUUUUUCUUUUACUCUUCCCAAAACAUAAAAAUAAUUGAAAAUCGUUUUUUAAGGCUCUAUACAAGAAUUGUGAGAAAGUUGCAAAAUGGCAAAAAUGAAAGUUCUGAAGAAGACUCGAACCUGUGACCCUUUGAACUGUAGCCGGGCUCAAUUACUGGUCCAGAAGGGUUCAAAACUUGUAAAAAUAAAUUAAAACAAGUAAAAUAGAAAAUAGCAAAAAUGAAAGUUCUCGAGAGGACUCGAACCUGUGACCCUCGGAGUGAUAGCUGGGCUCCUAAACCACUGAGCUACAUCUUCAAAAGUUGCAAAAAGUUACGGGUUGUCGCAAAAAUUCAAAUUUCAAGUUCUGGAGAGGAUUCGAAUCUGCAAACCUUUUCACAAUGACUGAAGUCUGAUACCACUUGACUAGACUAGAAAUUAUGAUUUUAAGCUGGAAAUUUCUAGAACCUUCAAUAUGAUACAAGAAAGUAAAAACUGCAAAAACGCCAGUUCUGAAGUGGAGUCGAACCUGUGACCCUUAGAACCCCAGCCAAGAGCUUAUACCACUCGACUAGAAACAACUUUCUUUCAGAUGGUGAUCCUGUCCCACUCGCUCCGCCGGAUCUGCAGCGUCGUCGGCCGACCUCACCACGGACAGAUCGCCUAUAUUGCCACGGAGCCAGCUGGUCGCACCUAUCGCCGACUUUGCCACGUUUUCCAAGCUCAGGACGUCUUUCAGGUUGGAUUUUGGUGAUCUUCGAGGAGGAUAUGAUUGAAAUUGGGCUCAAAGUCGGGAGAAACUUGGGACUUUCAGCUUAUAAUAAAGUUGGGCUCAAAAAUAAUGAGAAGCUCGCUUCAGAAGAGCAACAAGAUCAUAAUGAAGAGAAGAAAAAUCUGAUUUUCAAGACCUGAACUGUUAAAAAUUUUGUAAAAGUUUUGAAAAAAGCUCCCCGAUUAGAGAGGAAAUAAAAAAUUUCAAGCUCGGGACGUUUUCCAGGUCAAAAUUCGAUAAGUUCCGAAAAAAAUACGGUUAGAAAUUCGGGCCAAAAUGGGGCGAAACUUGGGACCUUAUCAUAACGUUGGGCUCAAAAAUGGGGCGAAACUUGGGACCUUCAGCUUAGGAACUCGGAACUUGGGACCUUAUCAUAAAGUUGAGCAAAUGGGACCUUCAGCUUAGGAACUUGGGACCUUAUCAUAAAGUUGGGCUCAAAAAUGGGGCAAAACUUGGGACCGUCAGCUUUAGAAGUUAUAGAAGAUCUGUUUUCCAAAACCUGAGAGCUUGAUCUCCAUUUUGUUAGAAGUCCCAUUUCUUCAAAAACUUUGUCGCCCUCGAGGGGAGUCGAACCAGCGACCUCGUGUACGUCUGACAAGUCUUUUGGCUACUGAGCUGCGCCGUUUUAAGUGUUUUUUAUAUUAUUUCCCUUCACCUAAUAAGACGUUUAAUAUAUUUCUUCAUUCCAAAAAAAAAUUUCUUUUUUGAAAUUUUGCAAGCGUUGCGGUCGCGUCGCGGCUCAUUAAAAUUUUUCGAUAUUAUAUAUUAUUUUUAAUAAAUAGGUUAACAAAAAAAGAUGUUCCUUGUUCAUUAUUAGCUUCUAUUGGAAAAUAUCGUUUUUUUAAAUAUCGUCGAACGCGGCGCGGUUGCGUCGCGGCUCUUUUUUCAACCAGAGUAUUGAAAAUUUUCGAUAUUUUUCGAGUUUUUCUCCGUUUUUACAGCUGAAAACUGAAUUUUACAUUAAUUUAGUAAUAUUAUUCCAUGUUAAACAUUCAAAACCAUUAGGAAAAGGUUAGAAAUUCCUCCGAGGGCACGGCCGCCGCCCCGCUGAGCCAAAUUGCGCAUUCUCUCGGUCGCCAAACCGUUCAAUCCAAAUAAAUGACUGAAUGGGAUUGAGGAGGUUCAGCCCACAUCCCAACACAUUCAUUCUGUGUUGCGGAAACGGCCUCGAGAUUUUUUUUUCGGCUUUUUUUAAAGUUUUCCAUGAGAAGAUCAUUUUUUGAAGGCUGCCUCAAAAUUCUCUGUGAAAAACGGUCAGUACUGCUAUCCUUGAUGUCUAAAUUCCAUUUUAUUACUCAUUUUUUGAAGCCCCUGGACUGAUUGAGUUCUUGUUUGCCAUGGAUUUUUAAAUUCCCAAGCUUUUUUUGUUUCGAAAAGUUUUAUAAUGAUGCAGGUGCGCUCUCCAGAAGGCGAAAAGAUCCUAAUUUUUGCAAACUUUUCAAUUUUGGAGUUUGAGUUUUUUUCAUAAGUAGUAUCACUUCAAAUUCACUGUUUCAGCCAUUUUAACCUUUUUUUUUCAAUUUUUAGCAAUAUUUUUGAGGGCCCGUUAUUGAAGCUUUUUUGAACGCGAACUGAGGAAGUUUUUCGUUUAUUUCAGAAAAAAAGCGCAAAAAAAUCUCAUUUUUUUCAGCAGUUUUUUUGAACGCAUUUUUUUCCAUUGAAAAAAAUAAAUUUUUUUUGCCCAAUUUUUUUAUUGGAAAAAUGAAUUGAUCUCCACCAGAAAUGAUUCCAAUUUUUCCGAGUAGUUAUAAAAAUGAAACUCGAAUCAAUAGACCCCUAGAGUGAUCACUGGAACAAGGAAAACCGGAUAUCCGUGUUUAUACUGGUCAUGACAACGCAACAAUGUCUCUUGAUUUGUUUGCACACCAAGACCUACCCUCCGUAUACCAUUUUUGAGGUCAUUUAUUGGCACUAUCCUGCUUUUUUUGGUCAUUUUUGUGAGUCGGAUUGGUUUUUCAAUGGUUCUUCUCCUGGUUUUGAGGCUUAAAAUUGGAUUUUGAGGUCAUUUAUUGGCACUAUCCUGCUUUUUUGGUCAUUUUUUGUGAGUCGGAUUGGUUUUUCAAUGGUUCUUUUGCUGAUUUUGAGGCUUGAAAUUGAAUUUUGUUAGAACUUCUAGGUUUUGGUCUUGAAAAAGCGUUCUGAAGUGCUAUUUUAAGCAGAAAAAUCGCAAUUUUCGGUGUUUUCCAACUAGAAUUGUCAAUUUUUGGUUCUUACUGUCUUGAAAAUGGUUUUUAAGUUAAAAUUUUCAGGUUGUGACCUUGAAAAAGUGUUCUAAUGGGCUAUUUUAAGCUGAAAAAUCGCAAUUUUCGGUCUUUUUUCAACUUGAAUCGUUUUUUUUUGGUUUUUUUGACUUAAAAAUGGAUUUUAAGGUAAACUUUUUAGGUUGUGACCUUGAAAAAGUGUUCUAAAGGGCUAUUAUAAGCUGAAAAAUCGCGUUUUUUGAUAUUUUUCCAACUAGAAUUGUCAAUUUUUGGUUCUUACUGUCUUGAAAACGAGUUUUAGUGUGUUAAAAAGACUCUUUCAGCAUAAAAAUCGCAAUUUUUGGCCUUUUUUUUCAAAUUAAAAUGUCUUUUUUGGCUCUUUCUGUCAUGAAAAUGUGCUUUAGGUUGGAAAAUUUAGGUUGUGGCCUUGAUGAGGCGUUUUAGAAUAGUAUUUUAAGCCUAGAAAUCGAAAUUUUCGGUUUUUUUUUCAACGAGAAAUGUCGUUUUUUGACUCUUCUUGAAAGCAUAUGUUCAAUUUUUGUUUCAAAGUUUUUUCUACGUGGUAUAGUUGCCCUAUUUUCACAAUACCUUUCCAAGUUUUUUUAAAAAAAGUUUACUUUUUUUCUCGUUUUUAGUUAUUUAAUAGUGAUUUUGAGCUUCUAGAUUACUACCAAAGUCAUUUUAUAGGAUGAAAAAAAUCCUCCGACCUUGGAAAUGUGCGAGGAGGAACGUAGAAAUAAGAAAUUUGUUCUUCGAAACGAGGCAAAAGACAGAUGUUCUUCCGAUGUCGUGUUUUUUUUUUUUAUCUCAUUCUUCGGUUUUCACGCCAAUUUUCAAAUUAUCUUCACUAUGCGUAUAGUAGUCGAUCAAAUGAGAGUCAAGGUUUUCCCGAUUGAAUCUCGAUUCUCGAACUUCCCCCUGUUUUGGCCAGAGAUUUUUUUGGUCUGAUUUUUGAUGUUCCUUGGCGGAUUAUAUCUAAUUUUUUUGCUUCGAUUUUCAAAAGAUUUUCUAUAUUUUUUUGAAUUUUUUUAAGAACGAAAAAUAUUUUUUUCAAUGGCAGGUCCUUCAUUACAGGAAUUUUAAAGCCACUGAAAUUUUUUUAGUUAUUCUCGUUUUUUUCAAAUUUUUUUGCUUGAUUUUUGAAGAUAUUUUUCGCUUUUUGAGAUCGAAAAAUGUUUUUUUCUAUGGCAGGUCCUUCAUUGUAGGAGUUUUAAAAGCCACUUAAUUUUUGAAUUAUUUUAGUUUUUUUCAAAUUUUUUUGCUUGAUUUUUUUGAAGAUAUUUUGGCUUUUUUUGAGAUUGUAAUUUUUUUCCAAUGACACCUCUUUCAUUACAGGAAUUUUGGAGUUCGAUUCUCAAAGAUUUUCUAUAUUUUUUUGAGUUUUUUUAAAAAAACGAAAAUGUUUUUCCCAAUGACAGCUCCUUCAUUAUAGGAAUUUUGGAGACAUCAAAAUUUUUCAAUUUUUUUGCUUUUUACUCAAUUUUUUUCUAGAUAUCGCAUUUUCAAGCUUAAAAAAAUUAUUUCAAGCGUUUUUUUUCAAACUUUUCCUAUAUUAUGUUGUUUUAAUAGUUGAUCUAAAAUAUCGUAAAAAGCUUAAUAAUUUUUUAAAUUCUUGAAAUAACCCAAUAAAACCUCCGAAAAGCUUCUCUAAUGCCAUUUUUUACAGUCCCGAAGGCACCCUUUUCCAUUAAAAAUCCAUUCCAAUCCAUCUUUCCAACCUGCCAAACUUGGACAGGUAGAACAAAAAAAAAGUUUGCGACCGUUGGAGAACAAAAAGAGAAAGGAAAAAAUGGCGGCACGCCUUUUGACCCCUCGCCAACUUUUUCCCUGGGAACCGUUCCUUUUUCUUUCGAUUCGUUUCGAUUUCGAGCCUUUGUUCGUUCUUUUUCUUCAAAAAUUGCCUUUUUGUUCACUUUUAGUUUUUUUCUACACAGUCACAACUAAUUUUGAAUUCAUGAUUCUUUAAGAGAUCACUCUGAUAAAUUGCCCUUAAGUGACCUCUUGUGACGUCUUUUUUCCUUGGCUGCCGACAGGUGGGCGCAAUCGCAACAUCUGUGUGAAUCGACUUGCUUGGUAAAAUUUCACGAGGUUACUGUAGAUUACUGUACUUUUAGAGAAAGUGGUCAAUAGUGAUUGAUUAAAAAUACGCGGUUACUGUAGAUUACUGUAUUUUUCGAAGGAAAUGAUCGAUAGUUUCUGUAGGGAAAUGAUCCCGAACUCUGAAUCUAGAAAAAAAUUGAAAAAAAAAUCACUAGGUUACUGUAGAUUACUGUAUUUUUUUAAAAGGGAAUGAUCGAUAGUAAUUGAUUAAAAAUCACGAGGUUACUGUAGUUUACUGUAUUUUUGGAGGAAGUGAUCGGAAGUGAUUGAUUAAAAGUACGAGGUUACUGUAGAUUACUGUAUUUUUGAAGUAAAUGAUUAAUAAUGAUUGUAUGAUCCAAUAUUCUGAAUAUAGAAAAAAAUUUUGAUCACGAGGUCACUGUAGAUUACUGUAUUUGGAGGAAAUGAUCUAUAGUGAUUGUAGGAAAAUGAUUUCAAAAAAAAAUCAAAUUUUCAUUUUUCUAUGCCUACACAGCAUGACCCAAGACCAUAAGCUUCUCUCAGCUUUUCCUCAAAUUUCCGAAAAAAAAAGGAAAACCAUAAAAUGGACCCUGCGCUAAUGGGUCACAUCAAAUCGCCAUCCGACGCCCAAUUUUAUGCACUUUUCCAGCUGUUUUCUUUAUGGAUUUUUGAUUUUUUCAGUUUUUCCAGGUGGUUCUCACAUGGGCUCAAAUAGCACUUGAGAAUGGUGAAAAUUUCAUGUGAACUUUUUUUUCGAUUAUUUUUAUUUUCCUAUAUACUUAGGAAUUUCAGCGUGGUCCCUAUAGGGUUUAGGGGGAAAAAGCAGCUCUUGUAGGGGCCGAAAAAGUGGCCACUAUAGUGGUAAAAUCAAGGUGGUCCCUAUAGGGGUUUAGGGUCUGACCCUGUAGCCCCUAAAGCUUGAGUGGUCUCUAUCUUUCAAUUUCAUUCAAAAAAACGUUUUUUUUAUUAGUUUUUUUUGCCCUAUAUAUUUUCUCAAAAAUUUAUUUGUGAUUUUUUAGCCAUUUUUUCAUAUACAAUGACGGCUGAAAAUUCAGAUUUUUUUUCCAAACCCGUAAGAAUUUUCAUUCUCUACAUCCUCAGAUAGAAAUCUCAAGUCAAAUCGUGGAGUUGAGUCAAUCCGAAUCCCCAUAUCAAUGUUGAAAAUCUCUCCGUCGCCUCAAUUAUCCCCCUAGGAGGAGAGAAAGACAAGGAAUUUUCCUCCAUUUCGAAACACUUUCUUGGCGGCUUUCCAGACUCCGAGAUAACAUCUGUUGCGCGCAGUUGUGGUUUUGGAAGGUGGUCCAAGGGGAACACGAAGAGACAAUUGCACUUUUAACGAGUUUUUUGAUCCACUUGCUCUAUUUUUUGACUUAUAAUUGAGCUUUGAGGUACCUAGAUUUCUUAGAAUCUUUUCUCUGAUCUUUUGAAGAAUCAUAUCACGAAUGCUUCAUUUUUUUACCAUUUUAACAAGUUUUUUUGAUCCACUUGUUCUAUUUUUGUUCAUUUUUUUGACUUGGAAGUGAGAUACCUGGAUUUUUUUCAAACUCUUAUCAAUUAAAGACGACUUUUAACCCUUUCAAGUUAUUUUUUUAUCCACUUGGUCUAUUUUUGUUCAUUUUUUUGACUUGGAAUGAGCAUCAAAGUGCCCAAAUUCUAUAAAUUGUAUCACGGUAGCUUCAUUUUUUACCAUUUUAACGAGUUUUUUUUGAUCCGAUUUUCCAGUUAUUUUCCAUUUUCAACGUGAAGUUCAGCUUCGAAGUGCCUGGAAUCUUCAAAAUUUCUAUCAAAAAAGCUCACUUUUUAGCAUUAUUUUUUUUCCGGAUUUUCUGGCACAGUCUACAUUUUUGGCAUUUGUAUGCCGUUUUUAUAGAUUUCUGACCUUCUGGGACGUUUUUAAAAACGAAAAUUUUUCGAAAAUUUGCUGCUGGAACUCGAUUUUUAAAAUCCUCCAACGGAAGCCUUGGUCCUAUUUUUUUUUUUUUUCUUGAUGGAAAUUUGUAAAAAUAGGAUUUUUUUAGAUUUGUUACUGAAGUUCAAGUUUUCAUUUUGACGAGUUUUUUUUGAUUUUUUUCUCAUCGAGUUUGUCAGGCGAUUUUUUUCUUUUUUUUAACAAGAUUCUUGGCUGGAAAUCGGGUCUAAUUUGUGUUGAGCUCAAUUUCUUUUUUUCUUUCCACACUAUUUUUUUGUAAAUUCAGAAUUUUUUCAGUUGGAAGAAAUCGAACGGGUGCUGGACAACGCGUUCCAGGCGGCCGUCCUCACACGCCAGAAUUCGCUUCAGAAACCGCCGGCCGUCGUCAAAUCCACCUCAUCUGUUCGUUUUUCCAAGUUUCACUGUUUCAAAGACUCUUGAAGUUCCUUAAAGUUUAGAGAGAGCUUUCUAAUCUUUCUCAAAUCACCUUGAGAAGAGAUUGGGUGGUUCUGAACUUUUAAAAAUACUUAAAAUCAUCUUUGAACCCCUUUAACAUCGAUAAAAAUAACUAUUACUCUUAUCACUAUCGGUAAUCACACGUCUUCCCGUCUCUCCCAGACCGUAAAACCAUAAAAAGCGUGGAAAGAGCGGUGGGGCGCAGGUGCCAACCAAAAGCGGCCGUUUUGUUUUUUUUUUUCUCGGAGGGAAAGGCAAAAAAGACACCAGGCGGCCCUAAACAGUCGGGUCGGUCCGUCUCAAAAGAAAGAAGAGAGGCGGCCGGUGGGUGCCAGUUUUACAGCCUCUUGGGCUGGGCCGAUUAGGUAAUACCACUACCUCAGUCUAUAUCAUUGUUUUCGUUGUUGUUUGUUUGUGGUUUUGGUUGGUUUUUAGAGAACCUUUUUCGAGAAGGUUACUUUAUUAGGGUUCCUGUCUAGUUUUACAAAAGGGUACCGUUUUGGUUUUGGUUUUGGUUAGUUCUUAGGGUAUCCUUCUCUAUAGAGAAAGAGAAAGAACUCUAUUAAGGUUCCUGUCCAGGUUUAGAAAGAUGAUAUUGUUUAGAGACGGCUUUGAUUAGUUUCUAGGUAACCUUUUUUCGAGUUUUAGACCUUUUAGACCAACCCCACAAUACUAUAGGGUUUUCAAACAGAUGGUACCAUAUUGACAUGGUUUUGGUUGGGUUCUAGGUAACCUUCAGACUGUAGUAAGUAACACUAUUGGACUUUCAAAAAGGUGGUACCAUAUUGACUUUUUGAGACGACUUUGGGUGACUUUUAGGUAACCUUCCUUUGAAAAUUUGCUUUUAUGGAAUUUUGUGGAUUUUCAAGAAAGUGAUACCGGACAUUUUUGGUUGGUUUUUAAAUAAAAUUGUCUAAGAAAGAGACUUUUUUAGGAUUUUGGGAAUUUAUUGAAAAAAGGUACCGUUUUGAGAUUAAAAAGUCUAUGGAAUCCGAAAUUUUCAACUUCCACGGAUCUUUUUGAAAAAGUUUCUUGAUACUUUUGAAUUAAGGAAAUCUUGCCGGGUUAGUCUUUAGGCAGUUUUAGGGCUUUUAGGGCUUUUAGGGCUUGGUUAGUUUCAACCGAUGUUUCUAGGUUAAGUUUUAUGAAACGCUUUUUUUUUACCUCACAUAAGUAAUGAUGAAAAUCCGCUCUUCCUUAUACAGUAUUCAAAAGGGCAGAGACUUGUCUUUACCGUAACCCUACAAUAAGCCCAUUUUCAGACGAUGCACGAGAAGAGAAGCUCAUCAUCGGCGAUCCUCACCAAGUUGCUCGGGAAAAAGGGCAGCCAAACCGUCGACGAUCCGAGCUGCAAGAGGUAUACUGUAGCUUUCGAUUACUGUACGGGUUACUGUAAACAGUUUUGUACUUGAACGCCUUUUUCAGGAAGCGCCGCCCAGUCAGUGCCGUCUUCUCCAGUGCGAUCCAUCGCUUGUCGAACUCCACGACUUCCAUGAGCGCUAAGAGGGUAAAUUUUUGAAUUUUGGACUUAGAAUGGAUUAAAAAUUGAACAGAUUAGGGAAGUUUUCCAUAUGUCUAAUCGUCUACAGUGGAAAAUAUGGAAAUUCGGUUCAGGAGAAAGAAAAAAUUUUUCAAUUCCUUCGAGAGACUUUUUGAAAAAACGGCCUUAAAAUGAUAACUUGUGCGCUCCAUUGAGAAUCAGCAAUUUACAGAUCUUGGAUAAAGUCCGACGCAUCUGAAAUCCGCAGGAAUUUGAUUUUAGCGCUUAAAAAUGCCGAAAAUUGCACCGAGAAUUUUUUUCAAAUCGAAGCAAAAAAGAGCCUCGAGAGUUGUAACAUGUGCGCUCCAUUGAGAAAAAGCUAACUUUGUGUGAAAAGCUCAAAGUUUGGAUUUUUGAGCUCAAAAUAGUUCGAAUUGAAUACAUAGAUUCAUGAAAAACAGUUAUGAGAAUAAAAAAAAAUAUUGAAUCAAAUUUUUAAGUUUCUAGCUUUUUGUUGAGCAAAUUUGCACAUUAUCAGUUCUAAGUGACCACUCUAGGGGUCGGAAGUUGAUCGGAAGGCGUCAAGGUCUUCCCAUCGACAAUAUGAUCCAUUGAGGGGAGCUGUACCAUUCUAAGUGACCACUCUAGGGGUCGAAAGUUGAUCGGAAGGCGUCAAGGUCUUCCCAUCGACAAUAUGAUCUAUUGAGGGGAGUUUUACCAUUCUAAGUGACCACUCUAGGGGUCGAAAGUUGAUCGAAAGGCGUCAAGGUCUCCCCAUCGACAAUAUGAUCCAUCGAGGGGAGCUGUACCUAUCCACGUGGCGCAACAAUAGCGCCAGACGUGUCGAGGACAUGAAGUUAUGCAGGGGUGCGCUUUUUUUGAGAGGGGGAGGAAGUGACGCAACCGACAGAAGAUUAGGAGGUUCGCCACGAGUACAGUGAAACGUGAUGACCUGGGAACGACUUUUUUUUUCGGGGAUUAUGAAAAUUAGCCGCGAUUUGACAGCAAAAGUGAGAAUUGCGUCGCGGCUCAUUUUUUGGGAAGAUGGUUUGAGAAAGUCUGAGCCGCGGCUUAUUUUUUUUUGGGAGAAGAAGUUGAGAAAUCUGAGCCGAGCUCAUUUUUUAAGAGAGAAAGAAGUUAGGAAAUCUGAGCCGCGGCUUAUUUUUUUUCGAGAAGAGUUUGAGAAAAUCUGAGCAACGGCUGAUUUUUUUGGGAGAAGAAGUUGGGAAAUCUGAGACGAGCUCAUUUUUUGAGAGAAGGGUUUGAGAAAAUCUGAGCCGCGGCUUAUUUUUUUGGGAGAAGUUUUUAAGAAAAUCUGAGCCGCGGCUCAUUUUUUGGGAAGAAUGGUUUGAGAAAAUCUGAACCGCGGCUUAUUUUUUGAGAAAAGAAGUUAGGAAAAUCUGAGCCGCGACUUAUUUUUCAAAAGAAGUUUUUGAGAAUAUCUGAGCCGCGGCUGAGUUUUUAAGGCAUUUCCAUUCUUAAAACGUUAUCCGCGACUUUAAAAAGGAACAGUUUUCUAGGAGUUAGGGAAAAUCUACAGUGUUUCGAGAAAAGAAGACAGUAAAAAUGAGCCGCGGCUAAAAUUUUUGUCAAACUUUUUUGAAGGAGCGUAUGAAAGUCUAGAAAGACAAAAUUUUGAGCCGCGUUUAAAGUUCAGAAUUUCGAAAUUACUUGCCCUUAAGAGGUCACUUCAAUUUUUCCCCCUGGAGUAGCUUUUGGCAGCUUUUUCCUGAGCCGCGGCUGAGUUUUUAAUAAAAAACCUUGAGCGGCUGUUUUUUUAAAAAUUCGAGUUCAUCACCUCUUAAGCGGCCACUUCGAAUUAUUUUCCUCUUGAGUAAGCUUUGGCAGCUUUUUUCUGAGCCACGGCUAAGUUUUUAUUAAAUUUUUUUAGAAAAAAAAUUUUGAGCUGCAAUUUUAUAGAAACUCAAAAGAAGUGGCUCUUAAGUGGACUCUUUAAUUUCCUGAAAACUAAAAAGCUCUAAAUAUGAGCCCCUCACUCCAAAAUUCCACACCUCUUCAAUUAUGCCGUUUAUGACGUCAUUCAUCAUGGGAAACAUGAACCCAUGACGUCAUCACCGAGCUUCGGGAGUACAGUAACAGUAACAAAUGGCCAAUUACGGUCUCGAGUGUCUGGCGAGGACGAGACUUGGAUGACGUCAUCCGCCAGCCACCCUCUUUUCAAUUUUCGGCCUGAGAGUUGUUAGCCCGUUGUUAGUGGGGAUUCUAAGGAUGAAAACGGAAGAAAGGGCAGAUUUUGAGAAUUGUGGACGUUUUGAAAGUGCGGACGGUAGGGGUUAUGAACUUGGGUGAUUUUUUUUGUGGAGUUAGAGGAUUUUAAAGAAGAUUUACCCAUUUUUUCUGACUUUUAUGAGUAUUUUCAUUAUUUUUCAGAUGACAACAAUUGAAACAACGACAAAACGGCUUGAUGAACGUGAUGAGGCAGCCUUGCCAGCAAGGAUUUCAUCGGUUAGUUUGAAAAUUUCAGGGGUUAUUGGGAAAAAUUUUAGUGGCCACUAUAGAGGCUCGCCAAGGACUACUCGGAGAGGACACUAAAGUGGCCUCUAAAUUCACCUCUAUAGUGGCCACUAUUUUCGUUUUAGUGGUCACUAUGGAGGUUCUCUAUUUAGUUGCCACUUCAGUAGGUUUUCAUCCAGUAUUCCUCCCAGUAAUUCUGAUGAAAAAACAGAUUGGACCAGUUAUGUUGAUCCAUUGACCCCUAAAGUGGCCACUAAAAUUUUUAGUAGUCCAGUAGAAGCACUUAGACAUCUACAGUGGCCACUGAUUUUUCGCCCCUCAUGUGGCCGCUAAUUUGAUUACUAUAGUGAUCACUAAAACGUCAAAACCCUACAGUGGCCACUAAAGAUUUCCUCAGUAUGGUAGUUUUUUUUUUUUUUUUGACGUGAGCUAUCCAAAAAUGAACAGAAAACGUGAAAAUUUUGCCGAAAGGUAGUCAAAAAUUGAGGUAUUUCACUCGAUUUGAAGUUUUUUCCCAUGUUAAAUUGAACUUGGGUAACGCAAACCGGACGCUUCUUGGACUUUUUGAGAAUUUCUAGUGAUCCCUUUAGCGGCUUCUUAAGUGAUUACUUGAAAUAAUGAGAAGCUUUUUGUCUCUGAUGUUUUCAGAAAUAUUCAGGAUUACUUUCUCAGUUUUUCCUAUAGAGACUCAUAAGUGUCGGGAAAGAUUGGUCCAAGUUUUAUCAAAAAUUUCUAGUUUGAUCAUGAACUUUUUUCCAUUUUUUUUUCAUUUUUCAUCAUUUUCCAGCCUGUACCGGAAGAACCAACCCCGUCUGCAACCAAAGAAGCUGACGAGAAAAAGGAAAGAAACUCCCUGGCGUUGGUUUUCGACGAGAAGCUGAACGAAUGGUGCUAUCCGGUCGACGAAAGCAUGAAGGCCCAGUUGGAGCAGUGCAACUACUUUGUCGGCUUGCCUUCGAGGUAGAUUUAUUUUUAAUAAAUAUAAAAUUGGUACAGCUAGAUAGCUUGAAAAAAGGGGAUUUGAAAGAUAUACAACUUGAAAAAGAACUUUUAGAAAGUACUGGGAUAACUUUUAGUGGCCACUAUAGGGUUUUGACGUUUCAGUGGCCAUUAUAGUAGUCAAAUUAGUGGCCACUAUAGAGGUCUGAGUGCUACUACUAGACCACUAAUAAUUUUAGUGGCCACUUUAGGGGUCUAGAAAGUAUGUGGGAAAGGAGGCUGUAGGGGAAGACUUUUUUUUUUCGAAAAGCUUCCCUUUUUUACUCUCAUUUUUUUUUCUUAUUUAUUUUGAUUUCCUCGAGUUAAUUGCUCAAUAAAUAUAUAUUUUUGGGAUUACUUGGCGCGAAAUAAUUGGGGCUGUAAAAAAGGCAGGUGCCAUCCUUGUCCAAAUAUGCCGUUGGUAGGUCAAAUACGGUCAUACGUGGGCGCCGACCACUUUUUUCACUUUCGCACGGUCCCACGCGUGACGUCACAUGACGUCAUAGCGGCCAAAACUGUAAACAACCCAGCGCGCUCUCGCGGCGUUCGCGCGCGCUGAAACGCUCACAGAGUUUUUAAAUAUUUUACUUAUAAAAGACUUUUAUAAUAAUGCAAACAACUUUUUCCUUUUCUAUUUUUCAAUCAUUAAUGUUUUUAUAAAAAAGUUCCGUGGAGAAAAAAAUCGGAAAAAGGCUAGAAAAUGUUUUUUUGUUUGGUUUUUCUUGAUAUUUUUGAAGAAAACAACCAAACAAAUGCGAAAAAGAGAAGUUUUUAAGUCACAAAAAUGCUCUUAUUUUUUUCUCUAGAAAUUUUAAAUGCCGCUAAAAUUUGCUUCAGUGAGAAACCUCACAAAAAAAUCUUAAAUAACUACUGAAAAAAAGAACAAUACACAUGUAAAAAAAGUUUGAAAUAUAAUUUAAAUCUUAUUAUGAAAAACAUUUUCGAAGUUCAUAUAGAAAUCUAAUUCUAACUAUUGAAAAAAAUUUAAUAAUCAUUGCAUCAUGAAGACAUUUACAGGAAAUGCUUUCAUGUUAACAAAGAGCGAAACCUACCUUGGUCUCCUUCAAUUUUUACUUCAUCAGACUCAUCAAUGUUCAGAACGAAAUUUAUUCUGGAAUAUUAGUAUAAUAAGAGAGAUAGAUAAGAUACAUAUAUAUAAAAACCAUGUUUUUAGAGUAUUUAUGCAGAAAAAUUUUUGGCGCGAGCAUAUUUUUUUAAAUAGUUCAUAAGUUUGCGCCGUAAGUAAAAAAACUUGUUUCGGUUCUACUUUUUCCUUUCUCACUCAUAUAAAAAGUUUUUCCUUUAAAAAAAUGGGAGUUUGUUAACUCUCCUCGUGGCCUUUUCCCUCCCCUGUAGCAUUUCCAUAUCCUCUCAAUAUUACGAAAAAAAGUGAUUUUAUUUGAAGAAAAGAAGGCGAAAACUUCCGAGUUUUCUCAAAGUUUAAAGUUCUGUGAAAAAAAUAAUAAGCUGAAAUUUCUGAAAAGUCGUAACUCCAUCAACGAUUUGAUUCCACUAAAUUGGAAUCCAAUCAAAGUUUUGAAGUCACGUAAUCAAUUUUUUUGAAUAGUUUAACAAUUGCUCACUAUUUUCAUGAAGAUUACCAACUCCAAAACUUCCAUUUUAGGUUUCUUUUUUGCUUGGUGAUACAUAAUUUCCCCGGACUUCAAAACAUAAAAAAAUUGAUGCAGUUGAUGAGAAGCUCUCAAUUUGAUUUUUUCGAAUAGAACGGAGAAAGGGAGGGCGAAAAUUUGAGGUUUCUUUCCCAAAAAAAAACUUCUUCUGUAAUAUUGUUUGAGCGCCUAUUAAUCUGACACUCUGAAGUUGUUGGCAAAACAAAAAACUGAUAUUACAAUAUUAAAAUAUACUCCUUUUUUCAAUAAAACAGCCUAAAAAAUGUUUCGCAUUGUUUUCCUGAGAAGUUACUAGCAUUUAGAUGAAAUUUUCAACUAUUUUCUUCCACUCACCUUUUUGUUUCAAAGCGUAGGCGUUUCGCGCAAAAAUUUGUCACUUUUGUCCAGGCUUUGGGCCCCAAUUUUUUUAAAAAAAGCCUACGCGGGCUCGGGUCAGGCCGGACUUUGGAAAAAUCUUGAAUUUCAUUUUUUUCGAAAUUUCGCCGAAAAAAAUAAUUUUUACUUGUUAAAUCAUAGUUUCUUAUAACUCUAUGAGGAUAAAUAAGUAAAAAAAUCCCACUUUUUCUCGUUAAAAAAAGCGAAAAAGUUGAAAAUGAAAAAAAUUUUUGAGCUUUUUUUGGGCCGGGCCGGGCUUGGGAAGUGGCCGGAAGGCCGAGAGGUUGACGGGCCGCCCCUCGCACCUGCUUUUGUCAUACUGCUUUUCAUGACUCAUAUUAGUCUUCAUUGUGCUCUGGUCUACUACUAUUCGGGAAAUAUGGAGAAUUGUUUCAAAUCGAGAUCAUAUCCGAGCAUCCCCAAGUGUACAAGUGCAAAAAUGGGGCAAAAAAAACAAAAAGCAUAAUGAAAAUCCCAAUUUUUUUUAAAUUUUCUAAUAUCAACGUACCUCAGAAACACAAUGAAACCAAAGAAAAUUCAUAGACGAAAACAGAAAUAAAGCGAUAAAUCGAAAAAUCUAGGACCAAAUUCCAUCUUCAGUUUUGAAAUUUUACAUUUACAAUUACUGGUACACUCGGAGACAUGAUUCAUCAAAAAAAUUCAAUGAAAAAAAUUAGGUCUGCCAAUAAUAACUUCAAACUCUGAAAAAUAAUUUUUUUCUUUUUUUCCUUAAGAAAAAUUAUUUUCAAAACCGAAAUUUUUAUAGAGAUGCCUAUUCUAGUUUAAAAAAUUGAUCGUUCGACCGACCGUUCGAACAAUAGUUUUUCAACGUGUCAUAAUAAAUGGUCAUUGGUCGAACGGUUGGAGUUUCAACAUUUCAACAUGUCACUUAAGAGUGACAUGUUGGUUUUUGACUGUUCGAAAUGUCACUCUUAAAAUGGUCGGUUUAGUAGAUUUCAGAAACUGGUCGGUCAAACGAACGGUCAGAAAAAUGACAUGUUAAAACCGUUCGAAAACUGAACAGUGAAAUCAUUCGAACGGUCUUAUUGAUCGACGGUCAAAUUUUAAAACACUAAUGUCCACCAAGUUUUGACGUCUACUUUCUUUUAUAGUCUCUUACUGAAAAAUUCCAAAAAAAAAGAACAGCCUCUAACUUGAACAGUUUUGUUAACCAAACAUGAUUCUUGACCAGUUUCUCUUUUAGUAAGUAGAUGUGAAGGUUGUUUUAUUGACUUCGUUGGUUUGGCAUGGUGCGCCAGUUGGACUGGGUAGGGUGCGCCCGGGGCUAUAACUCGGCUCAAAAUGGUCAAAUCAAGUUCCAAACUGACUUUUAGCCUUAAAACAAUGACCUCACUCAUUUAGGAGAAAACUGGAUCAAAAAGUCCGCAUUUUCCCAAUUUUCAGUUUUUACCGGUCCGUACCGGUGCUCACCGGUUGAUGAUAAAAAUUUGCUCAAAAAAGGCUUCUAGGCAUUCAAAUCGUCUAGAAAAUGGUUUUUCCUGAAUAAAAAGUGGAAAAAGUUAACUUUUUGAUGGUUUGGCAUGGUGCGCCAGUUGGACUGGGUAGGGUGCGCCGGGGGCUAUAACUCGGCUCAAAAUGGUCAAAUCAAGUUCCAAACUGACUUUUAGCCUUAAAACAAUGACCUCACUCAUUUAUGAGAAAACUGGAUCAAAAAGUCCGCAUUUUCCCAAUUUUCAGUUUUUACCGGUCCAUACCGGUGCUCACCGGUUCGUUGUCUGAGAGCUCCAAAAAAGGGCCAAACCAAUUGAGAAAAAAGAUGAAUCAAGAUUGAAACCUAAAAAAAGUCGUCUGCAUUGUUUUUUUUUGAUAUUAGUCCUCUUAAAAUGCAAAAAAGUUAAAAUCUAUGAUCCCAUUAAAAAAAAAUUAUAUAGCGGAAAAAACGAAAAUGCACAAUAUGGACGAUUGCUUUGCGACAGUGAGCGAAAAUGACGUCAUGUGACGUCAAAAAACGCUUUUGGUAUGGUGCGACGAAAAUUGGGUAUGGUGCGCUGCCAGUUGGGGAGGGUGCGACAUGACGUCACUAUUAAAUUUAACCGCCGCCCACGUAUGAAUACGGUCAAAUUUUUGAGUUGGGAAAGUGGCGAAAUUGAUAAGAAAAAUGGGAUUUUUUUCAUCCUAAAAUGCUUUUUAAAAAGUUUUUCUGAAAGUAUUUUUUUGAAGUUUAAGAAAUUUUUCAGUUCAAUUUUUUUCAUGAUUCUUUUUGAAAUUUUAUCAAUAUUGAACCUGACAAUUAUUUUAUAACUCAUUCAAAAAAACCGCAAACGUCAAAACCCGACACAAGGAUAAUUAAAAAAUGGCCCGAGAUGGAAUACAUAAGACACCUGUCGACAUACGGAUUGGAAUUCCACAGCCCUUUGCCCUCUAAUGACCUUUUUUGUGGUGGUAUUGCGGUUUUUGGCUGGCUUGUUUGACCAAUAUGGGGACUACAUAAUUUUUUUAAUGCUUAUAGAAGGAAAAAGUCGUGACAUUGAAUAUUUGUGUUGAAAUUUUGAUUCAGAAAGUUUCUCUAGUACAUUUUAAAGCUUUACAGAAAGAUUCUUGAAGAUUUUCAAAUUUUAGUAGGAUCACCUUGAUUUCAAGCUUUUUUGCAGGCAGUGCCCAAAAGUUCAAAAAAAAAAUUGGCUAAAAUUGAUCUUUCUUCGCUCUUCUUAGGAACUCCAGAGUGGUCCCAAAAGGGGCAGCCUUAGAGCCCUUGGGGGGUCCCUUCUAGAGACCACUUUAAAACCCCUCUAGCGGCCACUAAAGCUUGCAAAAGUGAACCCUAUAGGGACAUUCCAGUAGGGCCCACUUGAGCUUUAGUGGCUACGGGUUCAGACAUUAAACUCCUGUAGGGACCAUUUUUCGGCCUUUAUAGUAGUUUUUUUUCUUCGCUAACCCCUAUAGGGACCACUCUGAAACUCUUGAGUUCUUCAAAUUUAGCUGCAAGCAAAAAUAAAGCUCGAUAAAUCAUCGCUCUUCUUAGGAACUUCAGAGUGGUCCCAUAGGGGCCAUUAAAGCUUGCGUGGUCCUUAUAGGGGUUUCAGUUAGUGGCCCCUAUAGGGGACAUGCUAGGAACUCUAAGCGAAGAAGCAUUUCCAUACGAAAAACUAAAAAAAAACCUUUUGAAUGAAAUUGGGAGACCCCUAUAGGGCCCACUUGAGCUUCAGGGUCUAAGGAUUCACACUCUAAACCCCUAUAGGGACCACUUUUCGGCCUUAGUGGUUGUUUUCUUCGCUAACCCCUAUAGGGACCACUCUGAAACUCUUGAGUUCUUCAAAUUUAGCUGCAAGCAAAAAUAAAGCUCGAUAAAUCAUCGCUCUUCUUAGGAACUUCAGAGUGGUCCCUAAAGGGGCAGCCUUAGGGCCCGGGGGGUCCCCUCUAGAGACCGCUUUAAAACCCCUAUAGGGGCCAUUAAAGCUUGCGUGGUCCUUAUAGGGGUUUCAGUUAGUGGCCCCUAUAGGGGACAUGCUAGGAACUCUAAGCGAAGAAGCAUUUCCAUACGAAAAACUAAAAAAAAACCUUUUGAAUGAAAUUGGGAGACCCCUAUAGGGCCCACUUGAGCUUCAGGGUCUAAGGAUUCACACUCUAAACCCCUAUAGGGACCACUUUUCGGCCUUAGUGGUUGUUUUCUUCGCUAACCCCUGUAGGGACCACUCUGAAACUCUUGAGUUCUUCAAAUUGAGCGGCAAGCAAAAAUAAAGCUCGAUAAAUCAUAGCUCUUCUUAGGACUCCAGAGUGGUCCCUAAAGAGGUAGCCUUAGAGGCUCUUGGAGGGUCUGCCCUAGGGACCACUGAAGCUUGCAAAAGUGGUCCCUAUAGGGGACAUGCUAGGAACUCUAAACGAAGAAAAUUUUCCAGGGUUAAAAAAGUUUUUUUUUGGAUAAAAUUGAAAGAUCCCUAUAGGGGCUAAGGGAUCACACUCAAAACCCCUACAGGGACCACUUCAGUUUCACCCCUAUAGGGACCACUUUUUCGGUCCCUGUAGGGGCUUUUUUCUUCUCUAACCCCUAAAUGGACCACUCUGGAAUUCCUAAGUCCGUCAAAUUUAGCUGCAAGCAAAAUAAAGAUCGAUAAAAUUGACAGCGCCUAGAAUCAAGGCUUCUGACUCAGACUUACCAACGAUUGCUCAUUUUACUUUUGGCAGAGCUUAAAACCUUCUCAAUUUUUCAGAGACGUCCUCAUGCGUAACCUGUUGUCGCAGCCGGAAGGAGCCUUCGUCGUCAGAUACAGCGAAUCGAAACGACGCUGCCUGGCGUUAUCGCUCCGAGUUCCGCCAAGUCACAACCCGUCGGGAAUUUCCCAUUAUUUGAUCAUUCGCAACGAGCAUGGAUACCGAUUCAUGAAGGUUGGUUUUCAAUUGAGAUUCUUCUUAAGAGGGAAAAAAUAGCCGCCAUAGGUUGGAAUAUAGAUAACACUGUUCACUGGGAAAAUCUUCAGUGGCCACUAUAGGGUUUUGACGUUUUAGUGGCCACUAUAGUUAGGGACCGCAGACGAAUUUUCAAAAAAUUUUUUUCAGCAUUGAGCUUUGUAUGGUUCGAUAGCUGUUUCGAUUCAAAACUCAGAACCGUUUAGUUUUUCAAAAAAGAUUGAGGAUGAAAAAAGUUAUGACGGAAAAGGUGGCGCGCCGCGCACCAUUUUUUUAGUACUGAAAUUUUGGUAUUAUCCAUUUUUUUGACAUUUUUUUCUCGAUUUUUUUCUUCUAGAACAAAUUUUGAUACUGGUCUAUUAUGAUGUAACAAAUCAUACUAGAGUGCUAAAAUGAUGCUAAUCAGCUAGUUUGUCGAAAAAAAGUCGGUAUUUUCCAGAAAAACAAAAAAACUGCCGCUUGCGGGCAUCGAACUCGCUACCUCAAAAUGUAAAAUCGGAGCGCACGCGUUGCGCCAAGCUGUUAGGUCCAACGCGGGGAGCUUCCAUCCGCCAUACCCUUGAGCCGUUUGAAUAGCACAGAUUGUCUAUUUCAAAAAAAGAAAAAAACUUGAAGUAAUUUAGCUAUUUUUUUAUCAGAAUAUGUUUGCAAAUCUUUACUCAAACGGUUCGUGGAAAUUCACUUCGAAAAAAACUGUUUUUUUUAGUGCUUUUUGCCUCGUUUAACGAUCGCUGCAUUAAAACGGCCCCGUAAAUUUUUGGCAAAGACGAAUUUUUUAUUUUAUUCUUUUAAUUGAAAGAUUUUUUACUAAUAAAUGUAUAUAAUCGUUUAAAAAACCUGCGUUCGACCGCUUUCUGUGUGAUAAACGCCGCUAAUUUUAUCCUCUAGUUUCAAGAGCAUUUUUGCGUAUUAAACAACUUUUUCAAGCACAUAUUCUGUGGAGAAAUAUUUAAGUAAGCCCGUGAUCUAAAUUUUGAAAAAAGAAAAACUCGAUUAUAUUCGCAUAUUAACGAUAUUUUGAAUUACGACUUUCGGCACUCCCUAAAAAUUUUUUUGGCAAAGACGAAUUUUUUUUAUUUUAUUGUUUUAAAAUUACCGUUACUUGAAUCAAAAAUCAUUAUUUAAAAAAAGAAAAAAAGUGCGUUCGACCUGAAAAACACAUGAAAAAAAGCAAAAAAACGACAAAAAUUUUUUUAGUUCCAUUCACGUUUUUUUGUACGACAUUCCGCGCGAACGCAUCAAAAAAAGCGUGAAAUAUUUUUUAAACGAAAGAGGAAGCUUUUCUGUACAAGUGUGUCAAAUUUUAUUUGCCAGUUCCACAUAUUUUACAACUACAUCAAAAUGAAAGUUGAAAACCAAAAAAAAGCCACUUUUUCUAUCGCGAAAAGGGGCGUGGCUUUGCGGUCCCUAACUAUAGUAGUCAAAUUAGUGCCCACUUGAGUGGUUUAAAAUUAGUGGUCACUAAAGAGUUCUAAGUGCUACUACUAGACCACUAAAAAUGUUAGUGGCCACUUUAGGGAUCAAUGGAUCAACAUAACUGGUCCAAUUUUUUUUUUAAUUAUCAGAGUUACUGGAAGGAAUACUGGAUGAAAAACUACUAAAGUGGCCACUAAAACGGAAAAUAGUGGUCACUAUAGAGGUCGGUUCAGUGGCCACUUUAGUGUCCUCUUCAAGUAGUUCUUGGCGAGCCUCUAUAGUGACCACUAAUUUUCCCAGCAUGUUCCAUUUUUCAAAAGUUUUCUGAUUUGGGCCUCUAAAGGGGAAUGUGCGCUCCAUGGUCAAACCGAUUUAUGAGUUAGCUUGUCCUGAAAAGCCGAGGAAUCAUUAUAAUUUUGAGAUUUAGCGCAAAAAUUUUUGAUUUCAUAAGAGUCACGCUAUUUUCCUGCAAUCCUACAAAAUAUUAACACAUUUUUUGUCCCGACGCAACAGCGGAUUAGCCCCAUAAACACUUGAAUAGACUGGAGUUUGAUCGAGUAUGCACCUGACGCCAAAUAUGGACAUACAUUUCAGGGAGCGCAGAAGCUGUUCGCCAGCGUUCAGAUGCUCGUCACGCAUCAUUCCGUGCUCCAGGAGCACCUCCCCGUCCCGCUGCACUUUGUCCAGUGGCACCGGAACGACUGGUCCACCUCUGCCAGCAGCCUGAUCACCGAGGAGAAGCUCACCGUCAAACACCGACAUUCAACGGCACUGACCAAGGUUUCUAUAGGAGUUUGAGCAGAGUUCAGCGUUUCUAGACCUUCGAAAAAAUGUCUCUGGGAUCUAGAAGCCUUGAAGAUGAGCCUCAGAACCUCUUAAGGGAUCACUUGAAUUUUUCUGGCCUGGCCGUAUCAGAAGAUAGACUUUUCGCAAGCGAAAAGCCUUUCUGAGAGAUCCCUUAAGUGAAAUUAGACCCUUCUAGCCCUUUCCAAUGACCACAGGACCAUUUAGGGAUUCGUUAAAUGUUAUUUGACAUUUGUUGUGAUCAAAAAACGCUUUGAGUGGUCCCUUAAGUAGUGAUAGACAUUUUCAGGCGUCCUAGGGUUUUAGGAACAAAUGGAGUAAUCCCUUAAGUGAAAUUAGACCUUUCUAGCGCUUUCUAAUGACCACAUGACCAUUGAGGGAUUUUUGAAAGGUUAUUUGACACUUUUGUGACCAGAAAAGGCUUUGAGUGGUCCCUCAAGUAGUGAUAGACAUUAUCAGACGUCCUAGAUUUCUAAAACGAUUUGAGAUAUCCCUAAAGUGAAAUUAGACCCUUCUAGCUCUUCCAAAUGCCCUUAGACUCUUAAAAGAUUUUUCAAAAGCGAUUUGACAAUUUUCGACAGCUUUGAAGUCAGAAGACGGUUUGAGUGGUCCCUUAAGUGCUCAAUAAAGUAGUAAGAUUCCCAGUAACAACUGGAGAAACCCCUGAAGUGAUAUUGGACCUUUGAAGAUAUUCUAGGUGACUAGAGACCCCUUUCAAAAACCCCGCUUAUCAUAAAAAAAUUUUAAAAGGGACCCACACCCGAAAUUAAUCCGAAACCAACAAUCAGAUCGACGAGAAUCGCAACUUCGUGUUUGGAAGUCGUCGCUGCGAGGAAUUCCAGACGCCGAAGCGCCGCUCGCGCCUCUACCCCCACGACUUCCACCACCGACGCUCGCGACUUUUCGAAAUCGACGCCUAG